GCCCGCACCGCAAGAUGCUGGCCAAUCAGGGGCCGGGGGCGGGGCCGCGGCCGGCACGCCCUCCCUCUGGGCUUAUUGAGAGUUAUAUCAAGAAAUUCAGUUCAGAGAGAGGAGAGGAGAGGGAGAAGGAGAGAGGGGCAGAGGAGAGGGGAAAGGGAGAGCGUGCGAGGCUGGAAGGAGCGCCUCGGAGUCUCGGACGCACGGGAGACAUAACCGAUUAGGGAUCUGGGGGCAGCUGUCAUCCGGAGAGAGCCAGAGCAUCAGCAUCACCCCAACUCUGACGUUUCCUGCAAGAAGUUAGAGACUUAAGCAGUAUUGGCAUCGGAUGGAAAUGGUAUGCCUGAUGCUGUGGAAAAUACUCCUGAGCUGAAGAAGUGCAACUGGAUGUUGUAUGUGUGCUAAAUACACAGAAGAACCCAGACCCGGUGGGUGACAGAGACGAAAUGUGGAGAGAAUGACUAAAGACAUAUCUGUGAAUUUGUUCUCUGGAGUUGCUAAUUUGCCAGCCCGAAGCAAUACAAUUUACAAGGAAGAAACGUUUUGCUGCUUCUGAUUUCUCCCCAAACUGGUGCUACCAGAUGCAUGGCUUUCUAUGUGUUGGAACAAAUCAUCCCUAACUGCAGCAUACUGGGAGAGGGGAAAGGUUGAGGCAACUAACUGGCUGUCUCCAAAUAAGUGAUGAGAUGUAAUGCAUCCUCCAGUCCAUGCACGCUUCCUCUUGCAAUUCGUACAUCAUUCCUCAGUGGAAACCUUUAAACCUUAAAAUCCAGGAAAAGAAAAUAAAUACAUUAUCAUGGACCUGAGGGAUUUUUACCUGUUGGCUGCUCUGAUUGCCUGUUUAAGGUUGGAUUCUGCAAUAGCUCAAGAACUUAUUUACACUAUUAGAGAGGAACUGCCUGAAAACGUGCCCAUAGGAAACAUACCAAAGGAUCUGAACAUUUCUCACAUCAGUGCUGCCACAGGGACCAGUGCCAGCCUUGUCUACAGACUGGUUUCUAAAGCUGGGGAUGCCCCUUUGGUGAAAGUAUCCAGCAGCACUGGGGAGAUUUUCACAACCUCCAACAGAAUAGACAGAGAAAAACUCUGUGCUGGAGCCUCGUAUGCUGAGGAGAAUGAGUGUUUCUUUGAACUUGAGGUGGUGAUCCUCCCCAAUGACUUUUUCAGGCUGAUCAAAAUAAAAAUAAUUGUCAAGGAUACCAAUGAUAAUGCCCCCAUGUUUCCAUCUCCUGUCAUCAAUAUUUCCAUUCCAGAAAACACUUUGAUCAACAGCCGCUUUCCAAUUCCAUCAGCAACAGAUCCCGACACAGGCUUCAAUGGUGUACAGCAUUAUGAGUUGUUAAAUGGGCAGAGUGUUUUUGGUCUGGAUAUUGUGGAAACUCCGGAGGGAGAGAAGUGGCCACAAUUGAUUGUUCAGCAAAACUUGGACAGAGAACAGAAAGAUACCUAUGUGAUGAAAAUCAAAGUCGAGGAUGGUGGCACUCCCCAGAAGUCCAGCACAGCCAUACUGCAGGUCACAGUAAGUGAUGUCAAUGACAACAGGCCAGUGUUUAAGGAGGGUCAAGUGGAGGUUCAUAUUCCGGAGAAUGCUCCUGUAGGUACCUCUGUGAUUCAGCUCCAUGCCACUGAUGCAGAUAUAGGCAGUAAUGCUGAAAUCCGGUACAUUUUUGGAGCCCAGGUCGCCCCUGCUACCAAAAGACUCUUUGCUUUAAAUAACACUACUGGGCUGAUUACAGUUCAGAGGUCCCUAGAUAGAGAGGAGACAGCCGUUCACAAAGUGACAGUUCUGGCCAGUGAUGGUAGCUCUACUCCUGCUCGAGCAACGGUCACCAUCAAUGUCACCGAUGUCAAUGAUAACCCUCCUAACAUAGACCUCAGGUACAUUAUAAGUCCCAUCAAUGGCACUGUGUAUUUAUCUGAGAAAGAUCCUGUCAAUACAAAGAUUGCCCUAAUUACAGUUUCAGAUAAGGACACAGAUGUGAAUGGCAAAGUGAUCUGUUUUAUUGAAAGAGAGGUCCCCUUUCAUUUAAAGGCGGUAUAUGACAACCAAUAUUUGUUAGAGACCUCUUCUUUGUUGGACUAUGAGGGCACCAAAGAAUUCAGCUUUAAAAUUGUUGCCUCUGAUUCUGGAAAGCCCAGUUUAAAUCAGACUGCCCUGGUAAGGGUUAAGCUUGAGGAUGAAAAUGACAACCCACCAAUUUUCAACCAGCCUGUAAUUGAGCUGUCAGUUUCUGAAAACAACCGACGUGGGUUAUACUUAACAACUAUUAGUGCCACAGAUGAAGACAGUGGGAAAAAUGCAGAUAUCGUUUAUCAGCUUGGACCGAAUGCCUCCUUCUUUGAUCUGGACCGAAAGACAGGAGUUUUGACAGCCUCCAGAGUCUUUGACAGAGAAGAACAAGAACGAUUCAUUUUUACAGUAACUGCCAGGGACAAUGGAACCCCUCCCCUCCAAAGCCAAGCGGCUGUGAUAGUUACUGUUCUGGAUGAGAAUGACAAUAGCCCCAAGUUUACUCAUAAUCAUUUUCAAUUUUUUGUGUCUGAGAAUCUGCCAAAGUAUAGUACUGUGGGGGUAAUCACAGUGACGGAUGCAGAUGCUGGAGAGAAUAAAGCUGUGACUCUUUCUAUUCUAAACGACAAUGAGAAUUUCGUGUUGGACCCCUAUUCUGGAGUCAUAAAGUCAAAUGUUUCCUUCGACAGAGAGCAGCAGAGUUCCUACACUUUUGAUGUCAAAGCCACUGAUGGAGGACAACCACCUCGUUCCUCUACUGCAAAAGUUACCAUCAACGUCAUGGAUGUCAAUGACAAUAGCCCAGUGGUCAUUUCUCCACCGUCGAAUACUUCCUUUAAGUUGGUGCCCCUCUCAGCCAUUCCUGGCUCCGUGGUAGCAGAAGUCUUUGCAGUGGAUAUUGACACUGGAAUGAACGCUGAAUUGAAGUAUACCAUUGUGAGUGGAAACAGCAAAGGCUUGUUUCGGAUCGACCCAGUCACGGGUAACAUUACUCUAGAAGAAAAACCGGCACCUACUGAUGUGGGCUUGCAUCGUUUGGUGGUCAACAUUAGUGACCUGGGAUACCCUAAGGCUUUGCACACACUAGUGCUUGUAUUUCUUUAUGUUAAUGACACUGCGGGAAACGCCUCCUACAUCUAUGACUUGAUUCGCAGGACUAUGGAGACCCCACUGGACAGGAACAUAGGGGAUAGCAGCCAACCCUAUCAAAACGAGGACUAUCUCACGAUCAUGAUUGCCAUCGUCGCAGGCGCCAUGGUGGUCAUCGUCGUGAUCUUCGUCACUGUUCUGGUGCGCUGUCGCCAUGCGUCGAGGUUCAAAGCCGCCCAGAGAAGCAAGCAGGGUGCCGAGUGGAUGUCCCCAAACCAGGAGAACAAACAGAACAAGAAAAAGAAAAGGAAGAAAAGAAAGUCUCCCAAGAGCUCUCUCUUGAACUUUGUCACCAUUGAAGAGUCCAAACCCGAUGAUGCAGUUCACGAACCUAUCAAUGGGACGAUAAGCCUGCCGGCUGAGUUGGAGGAGCAGAGCAUAGGAAGAUUUGACUGGGGCCCGGCUCCCCCAACCACCUUCAAGCCCAACAGCCCUGACCUGGCCAAGCACUACAAAUCUGCUUCUCCACAGCCUGCUUUUCAUCUCAAACCAGACACUCCCGUAUCUGUGAAAAAGCAUCAUGUGAUUCAGGAACUGCCUUUGGACAACACCUUUGUCGGGGGUUGUGACACCCUUUCCAAACGCUCUUCCACUAGUUCAGAUCACUUCAGUGCCUCAGAGUGCAGUUCCCAAGGAGGCUUCAAGACAAAGGGCCCCUUACACACCAGACAGGCAGACAGACUGAAUUCAAAUGGACAUUACAAGAGCCAAAUUUGAUAGUCAUAGCAUUGGAAAUUUCUGCCAUGAGGAGAGCAGAAGUUUUCCAAUAUGUGUUUUGUUUUCUACCUCCACAAUUAUGGAUUAAUAUACAUCAAUUCCAGGCAGUUGAGGAAUGACAUGAGAGCAUUAAUGGAACUGGACAGCAUUACACUGGUGAAGUGAAAAUUCUGUAAUAAUUUUUCUGCAGUGAUGCAGUAGGCAAGGCAAAGAGGUACCAGCUCCUAUCCUUUGUAUCUUCAGAAUUUCAAGAUAAAGAAUGAAAAGAGAAACGGAAACCUAUGUAACUAAGGCUGGCAUAAUAAUUUUUCUCAUCAAAUACAUAAAUCAUUGUUCACACACAUCAAGAAUUAUACAACUGAAUGACCCCAUACUGGAUCAUUCUACAGUGUAUGAUUUUCUCCAUUUAAUUGCAGACACUUUCAUCUCUUAAAAAUAUUUAUAGGACAGGUAUGUUUUGUCCAAGAAGAAAAUUCAAUUAGAUGCAAAAAUGAAUAACACAAGUCUUAUAUAUGAUUAUAUACAUUUUGCUUUAUGAAAUGUCUCUGAGGGGAAAAUAUUUUUCCAUGCCUUUUUAAAGUUUUAGUAAAAAUAUUUUAACUCCAGUAUUUUGAAGUCUCCCUUAAUGUCAACUCUUUUUUUCUACUAAAAAGUUUAUCUAUCAUAUUUAGAACCAUGGCAAUAUUUUCUAUUUCUAAGGCUGUGUAGUUUUUUUCAAGUGAACUGAGAAAUCUUUAACUGUCUGUAUUGCAAAUUGAUUACUUCCAUAGUAGUGCUUUAAUACAAUUUCUGUUUUUCAACUUUAAUUUGGUAAACUUUUUGCACUUAUUUAUGCAUAGAUUUUUGAUAGGCAUGCUAAUCUUAAGAUUUUUGAUAAUGUGAUUUUUUGAGAUGUUUAUUUAGUAGAUGUCAACUUCUUUUCCUUAAUUGCAUGAGUUAUAUUUUUUUAACCACAAAAUGCAUUUAAAAACUAUACAAGGAUUAGCAAAAGUAAACUACAGUAAUAAUAAAAUGACUUAUUUUGUGUCACUUUUACAGAUUCAGCUAACUUAGGUAAUGGUAUUCUGAUAAUCACAGUAUUUUUUUUUUAAGAUUUUGGUUUUUUAUUACCUCUUGAAAUAGUAGAAUUAAAGCCAAAAAAUUCAGAGUAUGCCAAAUUUAAGAUUUUGUUUAGAAAAUAGAUAAACCACAAACUUGUUAAUCAUACUAUCUUUGAGAUGAUUGUAACUGGGAUUUUUUAAUAUACAGGAUAGCAUUAAAACAGAAUUAUAAAGUCUAUUAAUGAUAAUGAUGGAGUUCAAAAUGCAUAUAAAAUGAAAUGAUAUCUUUAAGCUUUCAGUAAAUUUGUUACCCAAUUUAAGAAUAUUUGUAGCCUUAUGAAGCCUUAUUUAUAUUUAUUUAACUUCAAAAAUUAAGGAAGACUCAAAGGAUAUUUUAAAUUCUUCUUUAGUUUCUAACAUUAUGAUAGCAUGGUCAAGAGACUGGUAUGCCUUAAUUUAGUGUGAAUGUAUACUUACUUUAUAGUCAAACGAAUCAUUGCUUUGCUACUGUCAAGGUCUUAGAGUACUGUGUUGAGACGACGUAGCGAUUUGCUUAAUUAACCCCUACUCAUUUUACAGGGAAAGAAAUAAGAUCACAUAUUACUUUGGCAAUCACAUAUUACUUAAAUUAUAUUUAAUCUCUCUAUUACUCUGGAAAUAUACCAGUACACCCACACAUGCACACACACAAAAAACCCUAAUGCAAAUAUGGAGUCACUCAUAAGUCAAUAUGUUUCUUCCUCUCAUAAACCGGAUGUUAAUAGUGCUGAUGGCAUUUCUCUGUGACUGAAAAAUAAGUUUCCAUGCCUAGACCGUGCAAAGCCCAUGUUUUGCAGGUUUAUGGUCCUUAUUAAAAGUAGAUGAAGUCUGCAUUUCUGUGUGUCCUCUGCAUAGCCUCCUUAAUAUCACUGACUCCUUGCAGAAAGUGCAUAUGCUUUUCAUUCAGACCAGUAAGAGGCAACUUGGGGAGUUAUAAAGAUACUUGACGUGCUGCCCACUGCGUUAAAACAGUGAGCAACUGGUACUGGAAAAACUUAGGAGAAUUCAACCUGUUUUGCUUGUUUCCUGAUGGGCUUUUAGACACAGUAAUAGCCUAGUAUAAUAAAUAUAUAAAAAUGCAGCUUCAGUUUACAUUACAAUAGUUUUUCUCAUAUUGCUUUUGUGGACAGACAUAAAAAAUAACAACAAUAAUAAUAUGCUCCUAGUCAUUCUAUAAUUGCAUUCUGCUAUUACCCAGCAAUUUUUGUAGAUGUAGCCAGAUAACCAUAUUACUCAUUAUUUCAAUGCAAAGUACAUCUUUUCAAUCAUUAUUGCCUAAAUAACUUUAGAAUAUGAUCAUUGAGUGGUCCUUCUUCCUGCUUCACCACACCAAAAUAGGUUGGUAUGUUUGUUUGCUUUUCCUCUCUUUUACUUUUAAAAGCAUUAUAUAGAAAAUAGUUUUUUUAAUUAAAAAAACUUGGUUAUUUAUUUUCUGUUUUGCUUCUAAAAAUAACCACAUUUUACAUACCCCACAUAAAUUGCCACGUGUAACCAUGAGUUAAAAAUAAUUAAAUGUGACUGAAAAAAAUCUCUCUUAUUGUGUUAUAAUGUAUGAAUAAUAAUAAAUGUAAAACACUUGGCAUCACACUUUCCUAUAAUAAUAUUAGUCUGUAGGUAGCAUUUACAAUAUGGUAUAUCCUAUUGCUACUUUGUGGAAUGAAUUCUUGAGAUUCUUAUAAGGCACUACACAAAACAUUAUUAUUAAAGAAUUAUAGGGGAAAUUUUCCUGAUUGAAAAUGAUACUUAAGGUAUUAUUUUAAAUAAGUACGUUCCAGAGUAGAUAAGAAGCUCAGUGUAGCAAUGUAUUUCUAUUUUGAUUUCAAAUUAAAUUUUUAUUACACAAAAACAAAUUGGCACAAGAAUUAGAUGAUAUGUUUUAGAAAACUUAAAUUAGCCAAAAUAAUGUUGAAAUGUGUUAUAUGGAUAAUUUAUUAAUAAAAAUUAUUACUGUUAAUAAUUGAUAGAAUUCUUUCCUCCCUGUGAUAGUGAUUUAAGUUGAAUGAAAAUUUAGUAAUAUAGAGGGAUGCAUCUUAAUAUUUAUAUUUGCUGAACAGUGGUAAAUACACAAUUAAAACAUGUCCUCAUUAAAAUGGACUUUUGUACACUAUAAUUUGAAUUAAGUAAUGAAUAUAUAAAGUAUUUAAAAGGUUGUAUAUCAAAAUGUAUAACGUUCCAUUUUUGGCUAUAUUUUGUAAAACACUUUUGGUGUAAUCAGUAUAACAUGUGUGAAAUCAAGUAUUCUACUAUUUAUUUAAACAGAUAUAUACCUAAUGUAUUUGGAAGCUUAUUGCACUCAUAUAAUUGUAUAUAUUGUGGCUUCAAAAGUCUGUACUUAUUCCUGCUUUAAAAAAGUAGUAUGUGCAUUUAUUUCCAAUUUAUUUUUAAUUAAUUAUAUUAAGGAUAACAUCCUUUACUAAAUGUACCUUAAAAUUCACAAUAAAGUUUCAGAAAUUGUUUUGUACAA